AUGACAGAGAACGGCUUUUGUCCCGAAACGGUUUCUGAGUGGCAGAUGCCUGGAGGCAGGGCGCAGUGUCAGAGGUUGUGUGAGGAGGACACGGAAUGUCCGGGGAAUCAGAGAUGCUGUACCGACCUGUUUGGAUGUGGCAGACAAUGUCGAGACCCUCUUCCUGAGUACACCUGUGAUAACAAGAAAUGUGAGGAUGGCCAGUCCUGUGUCAUGAACAGAAGUAAAUGUAAAGGAGGAAUGUGUCUUGAGCCCACAUGUGUCAACGCCACCUGCAAUCCACCAUGCGACAAAGACCUCAAGUGUGAGAUGGACGUUCAUCCCUCGUGUACUACAGGACUUUGUCCUCUGAUUUCUCGCUGUCUGCCCAAAGAUCCAUUUUGUACGCCCGGAUGCACUGAAGGAUACACCUGCAUUUUUUCUCAACCACCCGGCUGUGUCUCACCACCCUGUCCCAAAGUAGCCCGCUGUCGUCCUCUGUGUGAUCCUUAUGCUCCGGGCAUCAACACGGGUGGCUGUACCGUGGCGGACUUAUGUUCUCCAUUUCCAGCUCCUGGACAACAUGGCUGCUUCAGUGGUUUAGUCUGCUGCCGUACCAUAUGCGGCAACCGCUGCAUCCCUCCAUACAGGGGCCCCUGAAAUAGCUCUCUGAAGAUGAACUUGGAAACGUGACAACUGAAAAAACCACCUUCAG